CUGAAACCAGAGUAAAAUCUCUCCGAAUCUGAGCCCUAGUCUCCUCUCAUUUCGCACCUUCCAGCGAGAUGGCCAGCCUCAGAAGAGCUCUCCUCGUCGCAGGCAAGACGAAGCUCAACCUCCAGAACUGCCACUUCAUCACCGGGAUCAACUACAACGGCCUCACCGUGAAGCAGCUCCAAGAGCUCCGCGGGAUCCUCCGCGAAAACAGCAACACGAAGCUCCUCGUUGCCAAGAACACUCUAGUCUUCAAGGCCCUGGAAGGAACCAAAUGGGAGUCUCUGAAGCCGUGUAUGAAAGGCAUGAACGCUUGGAUCUUUGUUCAGACCGAAGAUAUCCCCGCGGCUCUUAAGACGUUCGUCAGUUUCCAGAAGGAGAAGAAGCUCUUCGACAACAACUUGGGAGGUGCCGUGUUCGAGGAGAAGCUGUACGCUCCUCAGGAUUAUAAGGUUAUUGAAACGAUGCCGUCUCGGGAAGAUGUGUAUGGGAUGAUGUUUGGGGCUUUGCAUUGGCCGGGGUUGGAUCUCGUCAAUACGUUGGAGGCGCCGGCUGCGUCGGAGAAUGAGAGUGCUGCUGCUUAGAGGAUGAAAAGAGAAAUCCUCUUUUGUGUUUGUUCUUCUGGAUUAAAGAUAGUUAUUUUUUUGUCAAAAUAAAAAUUUGAACUUACAGUUUCAGACCAGUGGCUUCCUUGGUUUUGUUAUAAUUGGAUUGAGAUUUCUUGUCGUAUACUGUUGUUUGUUUGAAGGGAAUGGUGAUGGAAUGGU